AUGCCCCCGACGGACUAUGAAGACAAGUGGUGGCAGAACCCGAUUCAGCCCAACGGCGCUCCUUAUAGGGGCCAGCAAUACAACGUCCUCGAGGGCGUCCGGGACGAGCCAAUUACUAACUACGAUAUGGUGGGAGCAUGGGAGGAGCCCAUCGCGGAUCCGCGCAGCUGGCAUGAUGCGCGCUGCCGCAUCGUGCUCCAUAUCAACUGGAAGGCUCAGACGCUCCCCGUCAUCCUGAAAGGAUUGCCGAGCAUCAAAAACGCUGCCGACGAUACUGGAGUGAAGGACUGGAGCAAGCUGGCGCAGCCAUCCCUCAACACCAUCAGGGCCGCCAGCCCGCUUGCCCAUAUCCAAGACGGGAGUUACCACGUACCGACAUUUUUUAUCCACGGCACGGCUGAUGAUCUGAUUCCGUGGGAGCAAAGCCAGAGGACGCAUCGGACCAUGGCCGAGCAGCACCUGGCCACCGAAUUGGUGCUUCUUCACGGGGCCCCGCAUAUCUGUGACUUGAGCAGUGAUCCCCAGUCGGAUGGAUGGAAAGCCGUUCUCAAGGCCGUUAUUGUAGUAGGGGAAGGCUAG